GAUUACUCCUCUCCAUGUGGCCUCUAAGAGAGGGAACACCAACAUGGUAGCUCUACUGCUGGAUAGAGGAGCUCAGAUAGAUGCCAAGACCAGGGACGGCCUCACUCCUCUACAUUGUGCAGCGCGGAGUGGAAAUGAUCCCGCCAUAGAACUGCUGCUGAGAGAGGAGCACCCAUACUGGCUAGGACCAAGAACGGUCUCUCCCCCCUCCAUAUGUCGGCCCAGGGAGACCACGUGGAGUGCGUCAAACACCUGCUGCAGCACAAGGCGCCUGUUGAUGAUGUCACCCUGGACUACCUGACAGCGCUGCAUGUCGCCGCCCACUGUGGUCACUACAGAGUCACCAAGCUGCUGCUGGACAAGAGGGCCAACCCCAACGUUAGGGCUCUGAAUGGGUUCACUCCGCUGCACAUCGCCUGCAAGAAGAACCGGGUGAAGGUGAUGGAGCUGCUGGUGAAAUACGGAGCCUCCGUCCAGGCCGUCACGGAGUCUGGUCUGACCCCCAUCCAUGUCUCAGCCUUUAUGGGCCACCUCAACAUGGUGCUGCUGCUGCUACAGAACGGAGCCUCGCCGGACGUCUGCAACAUC